AAAAAAAAUUAUUAAUGUAUUUGUAUUUUUUUAAAUCAUUUGUUCAUUAUAACUUUUUUUUUAAAGAACAGUUCGUUCCUAAUUUGUUAUAUAAACCAAUUUGCUCGUGUUCAAAGUUUAUUUAAAUACCUAUUCACAGAUCUUCACAUUAUACAUCAAAUAAAACCAGCAUGACUCCAUUUCUUUUCCCAAAGUACCGUAGAGCCAGCUGAAAAGUUAAAGAGAAUUCUUAGUAUAGAAAUAGCAUUUGUACAGAUGCCACUGAACACUUGACUGCCUUUGUCUGUGAUCUCUCUGUCUACCAUUAUCAGAUUCAAUUUACAUUGUCACAGGGGUAGGGUAAUAAAGAAUAAAAUAGUAUUUAUGUAAUAGUACUGAUAUCAUUAUGGGAUUUCAAUCAGAUUUGGAAUAAAUGAGAGAUCCAUCAGCCUACUAAUCCCUCUUUUUGCAAACAACUACAAUCCAGUUCAUGUGAAAUAUCUAUUCUAAUAACAAAGACACUGACAUUUUUUGAAAUUGCAAUAUUUGUGCGCUUAUGUCACUAUACUAUUUCUAUACAAAGCAAAGGAUAGAAUGUUAUAACUAAAAGAAAAAAAUGUGAUCACUGCCUAAAUAAUAAUCCAUGGUUAAUCUAAUCAAACAUGGUGUGAAGCAGGAUCCUUACCGAAUGCACACGUGUGCAUGCGCAUCUGUUUUGAGUCUGAAAUAGGCACUCUACCUCACACCACAAAGGCUUUCGGUUGGGUGAGUCAGAGGUCAGAGGUCAGGGUCUGGGUCUGGGUAAAGGGCUCCUGGUAGGACAAGACAAGACCCUGCAAGGAAAUAGAUUCUUGAUGCAUCUGUCCAAAAACCUUACUCCAGAGCCUACAGACUAAUUUGGCAAAAGUCACAUGGUCAGGGCAGACCCUAUAAAGCCAUGAGGCUUCCAUGGAAGCGCUCGCACGCAUUAGUCUCUUGCCUUUCCCACCAGUUGAACAGUCAGCUAGGCAUAGAGUGAAAUUGUUCAUCAGUGACCCCCUCUUCACAAAAACAAAAUCAAAAACUCAGAAGUAGCACCAUGUGUGAUACCGAGGAGUUUGUGGAGGACUAUGAGGAGGAACAAGAGGACAUGAACGAAGAGGAAGAGGAGGAGGCCGAAGAAGAAGGAGAAGCUGAGGAGGAAGAGCAGGAAGAGGAAACACAAGAGAACAGGAAAGAGGAGGAAGAUGAGCAGGAAGUAGAGGAGGAACCCAAGCCUAAGCCUAAGAUGUUUGUUCCAAAUAUUUCAGCGCCAAAGCUGCCAGAUGGAGAGAAGGUGGACUUUGAUGAUCUCCACCGUAAGAGAGUGGAGAAGGACUUCAAUGAACUGCAGAGUCUCAUUGAGCUGCACUUCAGCACCAGGCAGAAGGAGGAGGAUGAGCUCAUGGCUUUGAAGAACCGCAUUGAACGCCGUCGGGCCGAUCGUGCCGAACACCAACGCAUCAGAACCAAGCGAGACCGAGAGAGGCAGGCGUACCUGGCUGAGGAGAGGGCACGGCGCGAGGAGGAGGCAGCCAAACUGCGCGCUGAAGAGGAUGCCAGAAAGAAGAAGAUCCUCUCGAACAAGGGCUAUGGUGGGUACAUGCAGAAGGUGGAUCAGAAGAAAGGCAAGAGGCUGACAGAACGCGAGAAGAAGACCAAAGCUCUUAUUGAGCGUCGCAAGCCCCUCAACAUUGACCAUCUCAACCAGGAGAAGCUGGGAGAGAAAGCCCUCAAUCUGUGGAAGUGGCUCAAUCAACUUUACGCAGAGAAGUUCAAGCUGACAGAGAAGCUAAAGAGGCAGAAGUACGGCAUCAUUGUCCUGCGUAACCGUAUUAGUGACCAUCAAAGGGGAAUCAAGGCAACCAAGAGCUCCAGGAAGUCUUGCAAAUAAUUUUCUUGGAUUAAAAGAACAGAAAAAUGUUUGUUGGAAUCACAAUUUCAAGACUCUGGUUGAAAUUUCCAGGACAUUCUUUUUCUUUUGUUUACAAAUACCUUUCGUAACAAUACACUCGGUUUAUUCAUUUAGCUCUGCGUCAAACGUGCAAUGGCUUUUGUUGUGUUAAUGCUUUGAUGCGUUUCAACUUGACUUGAUCUCAUGAUACUAUGAACUUUUACAAGCUUCGACCACUUAUUAGAUUUCAUAUCAUCAAGCAGAACUGCAAUAAGAUAGUUUUGCUAUAUAUUUUAAUGUAUUAAUGUAAUUUUUUGGGGACAAUUGUUCUUUCACCCCAUGUACUACAAAUAUCUCACAAGACAUUAAAUAUAUUUUAAAUAAAAUAUGAUAAUUAAAGCAAUGAUGUGAUUUUGAAAAAUAUGUAUCUUUGCUCAUUUAUAAUCCAUAAAUGUUCUGGUAAAAAAAUAAUAAGAAAAUAAUUUUAGAAUGUGUAUUAUGUUCUGGAAUUCAACAUAUCAAUAAAAAAAAAAAUACAUGAAGACAUUAUUAAGACAUUAUUAUGUGUCUUUAUUCUAACAAUCAUAAAGGCACAUUAGGUAUUUGCCACAAUACAAAAACACAAGUAUUACAACCCCAUUGAGGCUUUUUUUUGGUACAUUCCUCAUAAUAACUAUGUUCUUACUAUGAGGUUGUCAUCAUACAAAAGCUAAGUUAUAUUUUGUAAUAUAAAACCCCAAGUAACAGAAGUGUAACUUAGCUGUCUUCUAUAAGUCUUAAGAAAGCCGAAAUAAGCAGAAGAGUGAUUUUGAUUUCUGGUUAUUAUUAACUACAUUUAACUAUGUAUUAUAAGAGUGGAGUACAUGAUUUCUGAAGCGUUGCAGCAUUUAAAUUUUGGUGUAUGACCAUGCUUAUCAAUUAGUAAAUUAAAUUGUGCCAGCAUAUUAUAUAAAAAUAUUAAUCUACAAGAAAUGUUUGUAUUAUUUGAAAUGAAUUGUAACCUUAGUGCAUUUAAUGCAUUUUACACAUUUAAUACCAUUUAUGAGCAAUAUUUAAACUAGCUUAGAAAGGACCUAAGUGCAAACAGAUAUGCCAUCUCUGCAGUGUCAGAUGUCAAGUUUGUUUUUUUGCAUAUAACCAUCUAAUCAUGUAAAUCAUUUGAUAGAGGUACAGACUAGAUUAUAGAAUAGAAAAUGCAAUGCUCAGCAUAU